UAAUCAAUCCGAAUGGAUUGACCGAUUGACAGAAAUAAACAAUAAUGCAUUUUAGGGAAAUGGGCGGUAAUCGACAUAUAAUUUUAUUAAAUAGAGUAUGUAAAUAUUGCUUUGGGUAAGUUGGUUGUUAGAAUUCAAAUAUCCAUAGAAAAAACAUCAAAUUAAUGAGGUAAAAAUAAAGUACAACGGUAAGGUACAGAGGCCGAAGCGCGGCACGCCGCACGGGUUUAAUUUUGAGUGGCCUAAGCAGAAACGCUUGUUAAACUUGAAGUCAAAUAUGUGUGUACUAUUUUUUACUGAAUGAGGUUGCAGUCGACCGGUGUAAUAUUGAAUAAAACACGUAAGUUUGAAAUACAUGGUGAUCCUAAAUCAAGAUGAAGAAGAUGAGAAUCGCCACAACUCGAGUAGAACUGGAGAGGAAAGUUCUUCAUUUUGCAGUCAGUUCCCGUAUUUUUCUGUUAUUCCUUUCAUUUAUUUCCAACGUGAUGUUACCUGAUCACAAUGCAGGUGUAUUCAUGUUUCCGCCACUUCCCGUGAACAGCAGCGUAGCAGACAAAGCUGUAGAGAGUUUCUUUGGUGGCCUUGCUCGUUGGGAUGCACAGUACUUCUUACACAUUUCCUGUUAUGGAUAUAGUUACGAAAACACUUUAGCUUUCUUCCCCUUUUUUCCUUUGCUUACUAGAAUAUUAGCUUUUUUAUUACAUUAUUCUGUGGGCUUUUUGCUGAACCCAUCAUCAGCAUUGUUAAUUUCAGCUGUCUCUCUAAAUUUGUUCUUCUUUAGCUAUGCCGCUGUUAAACUUUUCAAACUGUCAUGUGUAGUUAUUAAAGACGAAAAGCUAGCAUACAUUUCAGUGCUAUUUUUCUGUAUAAACCCAGCAAGUAUAUUUUUCUCAGCACCUUAUUCGGAGAGCUGUUUUGCUUUCUUCACAUUUUCAGCAAUGUUGUUUUGUGUAGAAAACAAUAAUGAUUUGUUGACAUGUCUUGCUGCCGGACUGUCUGGAUUAACAAGAUCCAAUGGAAUUAUAAAUUUUGGAUUUAUUGCCCAUAAAACUUUUAAGAACAUUUUUACUUUUAUAAAUAAGACAAGAACCGUGUUGUCUGUUAUAAGAUGUGUGCUACUACAGUUAUGUAAGCUUUGUAUUUAUACAAUGAUAUUUUUGAUACCAUUCAUAUUGUUCCAAAGUUAUGCAUACUUUAAGUUUUGUAUAGAGCAAGUGCCUUUGUCAAACAUUUUAAAGAAUUUUGGAGAAACUCAAGGCUUUGUCAUGGCAGGCACACAGAGACCCCCUUGGUGCAACCAUUCUGUUCCUUUAUCGUAUUCAUACGUUCAGAAUCAUUACUGGAAUGUAGGAUUUUUAAAAUACUACACACUGAAACAAAUUCCAAACUUCCUACUUGCCUUACCUAUUAUAUUUUUAAUUGUCAGCAACAGUUAUUAUUUUCUUGUAGGAAAUAAGAAGGUUAUGAUCUCACUAGGUUUUGGAAAACACGAAUUUGUUAAGUUUAGAGGUAGAUAUAUGAGACCAGAGUUUUUUGUGUUUGUUGUUCAUGCUCUGGCUUUAACGAUAUUCUGCACGUUGUUUAUUCAUGUACAAGUUACCACCAGAAUGAUAGCAUCGUCGUGCCCUGUAUUGUAUUGGUUUGUAGCUUUAAGGUACAAGACUGAACAGGUGAUCUCAAGUCAUUCCAUUUCAAGCAGACUGAAGAAUUUAAAUAAUUCUCAAAAGUACAGUAUGAUUGAGACUCAAAAACAUAUGGAAAGUUUCUGGAAAACUUUUAUUUUUACAGAAAAACCAGCUGAUUCUUGGUCUUAUGCAGUUCAAAUAUAUUUCUAUUCCUAUUUCAUCAUAGGUACAAUGUUAUUUAGUAACUUUUAUCCUUGGACAUAAAUAAAAGUAUUUUGCUACUUGCUUAUAAAUUAAUCACUAAUUUUUACUGCCCAAAUGCAUAUAUUUAACUAUAGGAGUACUAAAAUAAGAUAUUCACAAUUAAAGGCAGAGUAAAACAAUUUGUAGAUUUCAAUUUUUCAGAUAUUACCAAAACUACUGUUUCAGAAGGAUAGUGAUAAGGACAAGAAAACAAUGACAUUAAUUUGUUUUAAACAUUUAUUAUAUACAAUUUAACUAAAGCAAGUAUUUAUAAAAUAUACAUCACAUUAUCGUUUAUAAACAAAACAAUUUUGUGAACAAGACGACUAGUUAACAACUAAUAAAAUUAAAGACAACAGAGUUAAGAAUCAACAAACAAGUACAGACUCAUUCAAAGGAUAACAUUUUAACAGUUAAUCUUAUUGCAUGUCACCAUUACAGUGAUGUAACCAUGAAUAUCAUAGUCUCAUGAUAAUAAUUAUUACUAAAUGAACAUUACAAUAUUAUAUUUAUAUUCUUUUGGUUUCUUGUUAGUUUAGAGAUAACUAUUAUGUUCUGUUCAUAUUCUCAAAUAAUGUGUUUACAAUGAAUUAAUAAAAAUGUAUAACGGACUACAAUUGUGUUUCAAUAAAAAUCUGUGCAAUAA